AUGCACCUAUUGGUGCUACAAAGCUUAAUAGAUUUUGCCAAUGCAAAUGAAAUUGAUCUUAAUUCUCCAAGAAUUAUUACAGAUUUUGAAAUUGCAGCUAUAAAUACAACACAAUAUGUAUUUUCUGAAGUUAUUAACAAAGCAUGUUUUUUCUAUCUAGGGCAAAAUAGAUGGAAAAAGAUACAAAAAUGUGAAUUAGCAACCUUCCUACCUCCUGGUGAAAUCUCAAAUGCAUUUAAUAUAUUAAAACUACAAAUACUCGAAGAAGCAAAAGAGCUAGUUUUAUAG